AUGCGAACAUUCGGGUGUCAGACAUACAUACUGACGCCUAAAGAGAAUCGACUCAAGUGGGAUCCAAAGGCUCGCGCUGGCAUAUUCGUGGGCUACGAAGAAGUUUCGAAGGCAUAUCGUGUUUAUGACAUCGAGGCGGGGCAGGUGGUUAUCAGCCGCGAUGUCAACUUCGACGAGUCCACCUUUGGACUUCAACUGCCGAUCACUGAUGAAGAUGUCGAUGACCUGGACUUCGAAUUGCUGGAUCUUGAUGACGAAGAGCUGCGUCAAAUGGAGUACAAGCAAACAGGCAAGCGCAAGAACCGACUCAAUGAUGAAGAUACAGCAGCUCCACGACCGCGUGCAGUGCGUCAACGACCAGGACUAGAAGAGUCAAGCGCGCCGGAAAACAACUCGUCACGACAAGAAGAAGACGAAGAAACGAAGGAUUCUGGUGAUUCAACACCGCCUGUGUUUUGGCGUGCGAGUGCAAAUGCCGUUGAAGCAGCAGUGGACUUAUCAGAACCCUCAACAUUUGAAGCAGCAGUAAGCGGCCCUGACCAAGUGCACUGGAGAAAAGCAAUUCAUGCAGAGCUCGAGUCAAUGCGACUUCGCGGUGUGUUUCGUGCAGCCAAGCUGCCCAACGGACAACGCGCCAUUGGCACAAAAUGGGUGUUCAAGAUCAAGCGCAAGGCGGAUGGGUCAAUCGAGAAGUACAAGGCACGACUUGUGGCCAAGGGUUUCCGCCAAAAGUAUGGCAUCGACUACACGGAGACGUUUUCGCCUGUGGUCAAGUAUGUGACGCUGCGAAUGGUGAUCGCAAUUUCCAAGCAUUUUGGAUGGCCCAUCGACCAGCUUGAUGUGGUGACAGCUUUCCUGUAUGGCGUCAUGAAGGAACAAGUGUUCUGCGUGAUUCCUGAAGGCGUCGAACUUGACAGUACGUUCGACUGCCUGGAAUUGGUGAAGUCAAUUUACGGCCUCAAGCAAGCGUCGCGAGUGUGGAACGAGACGUUCGACGAGUAUGUGUGCUCCAUCGGAUUUCAAGUAUCGGACUUCGACCCAUGUCUCUACAUCAAGACUUCGGACGGCCAUUGCGUGUUUAUACUGGUCUACGUGGACGAUGUCUUGGUGACUGGAAGCUCGCUCGAGCUGAUUGCACAAACCAAGAACGACCUGAAGACGCGGUUCGAAAUGACGGACAGCGGCAAGUGUGCGUUUGUUCUUGGGAUCGAGCUUUUGGACGGUGAAGAUGGCAGUGUGACACUAUGUCAGCGUCGGUAUGUCGAUGAUAUCCUCAAGCGCUUUGGCAUGGAUGAUUGCAAGGCAGUCGCAAGUCCAGUCGACAUGAGCUCUCGACUUGUUUCAAGUGAUGCAACUACCAAGGUCGAUGCUCCUUUUCGCGAAGCUGUUGGUGCGUUGAUGCACCUGACCACUGCAACGCGUCCGGACAUUGCGUUUGCUGUGGGCUAUGUGUCGCGGUUCAUGGAAAAUCCCCAAGAAGAACACUGGGUUGCAGUUAAGCGUAUCUUUCGCUACCUACAAGGCACCAAGACGCAUGGAAUUUGCUACAAGCCAAGUGCAAGGAUCGACUUCCGUGGAUAUUCGGAUGCGGAUUGGGCUGGUGAUCUUACCGACCGCAAGUCAACAUCGGGGUACACGUUCAUGCUACUCGGUGCGCCAGUCAGUUGGGGCAGCAAGAAGCAGCCAAGUGUUUCGUUGUCCACGAGUGAAGCCGAAUACAUCGCACUCAGCUUGGCGAUUCAAGAGGGCAAGUGGAUUCAUCGUCUGCUUUGUGAGAUCGUGAUGGCUGCCAAUGAAGAAGGACCGGAACUCAUGAUCCAUGAAGACAAUCAGUCGUGUAUCAAGAUGACGAAGAACCCAGUCAACCACGGCCGUGCCAAGCACAUUGAUAUCAAGUACCAUCACAUCCGUGAUGAGGUCAAGCGCGGUGAAGUGAAGCUCAAGUACUGUGAAACUGCGGUGAUGUUAGCGGACAUCAUGACGAAGGGACUUCACGGGCCACGCCACAAGGAGAUGACGGCGACUCUCGGGAUUCGUGAGCAUUCGGAUUGA